AUGCAGGGGAUGGGGAGCCUGCGGCUGGGCAGCCGCGCCGUGAUGUACACGGCCGAGACCCUGCCCAAGGGCAAGAACCGAGUGAUGGGGACCAUCCAGAUCAUGACCGGCUUCAUGCACAUCGGCUUCGGGAUCGUCCUGACGACGCUCACCAACGUCUACACCUCCGUCUUCGUCAUCGGCGAGAUCCCCUUCCUGGGCGGCGUGUCUUUCAUCAUCUCAGGCUGCCUCUCCAUCGGGGCGGAGAAGAGCCCCACGGAGUGCGCGGUGAAGGGCAGCCAGACCAUGAACAUCAUCAGCGCCAUCUUUGCUCUGCUGGGCAUCGUCGCCUUCAUCGUAGACCUCAACCUGAACGGGCUCUACCGCUCCAGCUUCAACUACUACAACUAUCUUGUCCUGCUCGCAGGGAACGGGAUUUCCAUCGUGCUGCUCAUCUUCACCAUCCUGGAGUUCUGCAUCGCCGUGGCCACAGCCAAUUUCUGGUGCCGGGCCACCCGCCUCAGCUCCAACGAGGCCAUGCUGAUCGUACCCAGCACCACGCAGGCGGACCUGGCAGUGCCGCUGGCUGACCUGCCCCAGCCGCCCAGCUACACCGAGCUGGCCGCCCCCGAAGUCUAGCGAGGUGCUGGCCCCGAGGACGUCGGUGCGGGGUCCUGCCUCCACGCUCCCGAAACCGUCCCCAGCCGGUUCCCUGUGCCCAAGGCUACGGCAUCCUCCUCCUGCCACGCUGCAGGCUGGGACACGCUGGUACCCCCUCCCGAAAGCCAGCAAGCACCCCGAAUUUGCCCCCUCCCUGCCCAUCUCCUGCCCCUGCGCUAGGUCUCAA